AUGACUGAUAACAAUGUUUUCAAACAAAAUUUGGUGUUUCUGAUUCUCCAGUUUUUGAAUGAGGAGGGAUUUACAGAGUCUGCCUACAGGCUUGAACAAGAGUCAUCAGUUUAUUUCAACAUGAAGCAUUUUGAGGACAAAGUAUUAAAAGGUGAAUGGGUAGAAGUGGAGAAAUAUUUGUCUAGGUUCACAAAACUAGAUAAAAACAAACACUCCACGAAGAUAUAUUUCGAGAUUCGAAAACAAAAGUAUCUUGAAACUCUCGAUAGGAACGAUAAACACACAGCUGUUGAAAUAUUAAUGAAAGACUUAAAACCAUUUCAACAAGUGGACGACGAUUUAUAUAAGCAAUUCAUACAUCUUAUAACCUUGUCGAAUUUCAGGGAAAAUGAGGCGUUGUCUGCAUAUGGAGACACAAGUGCAUCUCGUAGAAGGUUGGUGAUAGAGCUCAAGAAACUUGUAAAAGCUAACCCAGAUUUCAUUGGCAAACUCACUUUUCCUGACUUAAGUUCAGGAAGAAUUACAACUUUAAUGAAUCAAAGGCAUCCAAGACCAAAUCCAGAUUUCACGAGUUUAGCUAUUGAUCAUGUAUGCCCCCCUCCAACUCCCGUCAUUUCGCUUCCAUCUCCUCCAGCUCCAGCUCCGGCUCCAUUGGUUGCUCUCCGUGCUAGGGCUAUGCCUAAUUAUGCACCAAUAAGGGCGGGCAUUGAGUUUAAUUCAGUUCCAAGAUUACUUGAAGUUGGACAAUCUUCAACGUCUUAUAAUGCCCCCCGAGUUAAUGUGCCCAUGCCCAGAAAUGUUAUUGUACCAAGGUUUGAAGAUGAAACAGAAACAAAUCAAUGUCUGGUUUUUACUUUGCCCGAUAUUAGUAGUGGUCCUGCCAUCAAGAUUGGUAAACUUGUGUAUACUAAUGAACAAUGCGGACUUUUGGCACUUACCACCACUGGAAGUCAUAAGUUUUGGAAGUGGUCAGAAAACAGAAGAAUGGCCAAUGCGAUUUUUGGUCUUUCGCAGCCAACCAAUAGUACUAUUGGUACUAUGAACUAUGAGGCUGCAAUUUGUUCUUCGACUAUUACGAGGAAUAUUGAUUCCUACUUGUUAUCCUCUAAUGAGAUGGAUACUCUUAUGAGACCUCAACCUGAUUCAACAUUUGCAGCUUAUCAUCCGCACAAUAAAAAUAUAAUAUUUUGUGGAAUGCAGGACGGGCAUAUCUAUAUUUACAAUGUUAUGAUGGACACGGUGCAAAUGAUACUUGCAGAACAUGAAAAAAAAGUUACAGGGUUAACUUUUUCAUGCAAACUUAAAUUGAUGGUUUCAUCUAGUGCUGAUGCACAACUUUGUUGCUGGAGUAUGAAUAAUUGGGAUAAGAAGAAUUCCCUCUUCUUACAACUCCCGGGUGGUGAAGAGGCUCCUCAGAUUGGGGACACGACUGUCGAGUUUCACCUUGACCAAAUUCGCAUUCUCGUGUCCCAUGGUACGCAUCUCGCAAUAUAUAACGGCACUACAAUGACUCGUUUACUUCAGUGGGUUCCCCAAGGGGCUCUCCCGUCACCAAUAUCCGGUGAGGUCAAGUACUCGUCGGAUUGUCGGAUGAUUUACGCAGCCUUCCGGGAUGGGAAGAUUGGCAUAUUUGACUCCAACAACUUAAGGAUAAUAUGUCAUAUUACACCCAAUGUUUACCUUCCCACUACUCUAUUGAAUCGGGAUGAACAUGAAUCCAUUGUAUUGACCGCACAUCCACAUAAGCCCUACCAAUUUGCGAUUGGAUUGAGUGAUGGCUCAGUCAAAAUCAUAGAGCAUAAACCAAUGAGAAGACAUGAGAGGAGUAUCAUACCGGUGAUCCAACCCGCAUAG